AACGAGGCGACAUUGCUGCAAAUAGCUUGAACAGCUGUUUCACAACUGUUGCCCCUUUCUACAAAAAGGGACGAGUAUACGUGCAACAUAUGUGUCACAUGUGUGAGUCAUGUGAGAUACCAGGUGAUCCGCGGUUCUGCCACGUGACAGGUGAUUGACAAGUGGCUGAUGAGAGCCUGAUAUAGGAAAAGGAAAGCAAAGCAUUACCAAAUAUGUUGUUUGGGGCGUGCAAUUUAACUACGUUAGUGUCAAACGACGUAGCGUUUCCUCAGAUAAAACUGAAUGACGGCCAAAAAAUAAAUAAUGUAGGGAAGGAAGCAUAAUCAAGGACAUAACGUCGAUUAGUGGAGUGGCGUAAUAAUUUCAAGGAAAGAUUGGAGGUACAAAUUCCACCAGCCGGUGAAAGCAACACUGUAAAUCCCCCUCCAUCGAUCAGUGGAUGACAUAACGUUUCUAUUUUUCUCUCCGUUUCUCAUUAUCUUUGGAGUCUGUUGAUCGUACAAAUGUUUCGAAGAUGCAAUCUUGUCAAGCAGCUUCUCGGUACCGCGAGAGCAUCGACAGAAGCUGCUGCAGUCGAAGGAACGCCAUCUCGGUUGCAGCAGCUCAGAGCAAAAUUGCAAGAGGAUGAGCAUGAGAUACUCACAGAUACAUUUGGACGCAAGCACACAUAUCUUAGGAUUUCCCUCACGGAGCGUUGCAACCUUCGCUGUACAUAUUGCAUGCCUGCGGAAGGCGUGAAAUUAACUAAGAAGGAAGGUAUUCUGAGAACAGAUGAGAUAAUACAAAUAGCUGAUCUUUUUGUCAAAGAAGGAGUACGCAAAAUACGUUUAACCGGUGGCGAACCCACAAUUCGUAAAGAUAUCAUCGAUAUCGUUGGACAACUGAAGCAAUUGAGAGAUCUGGAACAGGUUGCGAUUACAACCAAUGGAUUAAUUCUGACGCGUCAGUUGCCAGCUCUUCAGAAAGCAGGAUUGGAUGCACUCAAUAUAUCGCUUGAUACUCUGAAAGAGGAGCGCUUUGAAUUGUUUACUCGCAGAAGGGGCUGGGCAAAAGUCAUGGCUUCUAUAGAUCUUGCUGUUCAACUAGGCUAUAAUCCUGUGAAAAUCAAUUGCGUGAUGAUGCGAGGCCACAAUGAUGAUGAAAUAAUUGAUUUCAUCGAUUUCACAAGAGACCGGCCUAUCGAUGUACGUUUCAUAGAAUAUAUGCCAUUUCAAGGAAACCAGUGGAAAGAAAAUAAGAUGGUUUCUUUCAACGAGAUGAAAACAAUAAUCCGAGAGAAGUAUCCCGAUUUCCAAGCUCUGCCAAAUCAGCCCAAUGAUACGUCCAAGGCCUACCAUGUGCCAGGAUUCGUAGGGCAAGUUGGGUUUAUUACAUCCAUGAGUCAGCACUUCUGUGAUUCGUGUAAUCGUUUAAGAAUAACAGCAGAUGGAAAUUUGAAAGUGUGCCUAUUUGAAGGGAAAGGCGAAGUCUCACUUCGAGACGCUUUGCGAAGUGGAAUUUCGCAAGAUGCACUUAAGGAUUUGAUAAGAAGAGCAGUAUCACGAAAAAAGAAGCAACACGCAGGGAUGUUCAAUCUUACUCAAAUGGAAAAUAGGCCAAUGAUAUUGAUUGGAGGUUAAUUGAUCGUCAUAAUUAACUAUUAAAGUACGUUCGGAUUUGUCGAAAUGCGCACAGAUAUUAUCGCAAAUUGCUAUGUUAAUUAUGUUAACAAUAUCUUUUAGAAUUCAUUUUACAACAUAUUUACGUUGCAGCAAAUCGUAAGGAAA